CAUCUAUUGUGAAUGACAUGGAAUCCAUCACAGAGGAUGAGCAAAACCUCAAUGUGGAAAAAUCCUAAAGAAACGUAUCAGAAAGAUGGCACAGUACUAAUGGAACCAAAUAGAUGGAGGAAAAAGAAGGUUUAUGUCAUGAGUGACAGGGGGACAAACAAUCACUCCGAAGUGACUGACUUCAUCCUUGUCGGCUUCAGGGUCCGCCCAGAGCUCCACAUUCUCCUCUUUCUGCUCUUUCUGCUGGUGUAUGCCAUGAUCCUUCUGGGUAAUGUUGGGAUGAUGACCAUUAUUAUGACGGAUUCCCGGCUGAACACACCAAUGUAUUUCUUCCUAGGCAACCUGUCCUUCAUUGAUCUCUUCUAUUCAUCUGUUAUUGCGCCCAAGGCUAUGGUCAACUUCUGGUCUGAGAGCAAGUCCAUCUCCUUUGCAGGCUGUGUGACGCAGCUCUUUCUCUUUGCCCUCUUCAUCGUGGCUGAGGGAUUUCUCUUGGCAGCCAUGGCCUAUGACCGCUUCAUCGCCAUCUGCAACCCACUCCUCUACUCUGUCCAGAUGUCAGCACGUCUCUGCACCCAGUUGGUGGCUGGGUCCUACUUUUGUGGCUGCUUUAGCUCAGUUCUUUUGACCAGCAUGACAUUUACUUUGUCCUUUUGUGCUUCCCGGGCCAUCGACCACUUUUACUGUGAUUACCGUCCACUUCAAAGGAUUUCUUGUUCUGAUAUCUACUUUCUUAAGGUGAUUUCUUUUUUCUUAUGCAGCAUUAUUAUUUUGCCUACCAUAAUUGUCAUUAUUGUGUCCUAUAUGUAUAUUGUGUCCACAGUUCUAAAGAUAAGAUCUACUGAGGGACGUAAGAAAGCGUUCUCGACUUGCAGCUCUCACCUCGGAGUUGUGAGUGUGCUGUAUGGAGCUGUGAGUGUGCUGUAUGAUGCCAUCUUUUUUAUGUAUUUCACUCCUGACAGAUUCCCUGAGCUGAGUAAAGUGACCUCCUUAUGUUAUACCUUAGUCACUCCCAUGUUGAAUCCUUUGAUUUACUCUCUGAGAAACAAAGAUGUCAAAGAAGCUCUAAAAAAACUUCUAGAGAAGAAAAAUACUAUUCUCUGA